UGAAGCUCUGAAUGUCGAUAAGUAUAACUGAAGUUGUGUGUACCAAUGAAUAAGUCGACCGACUAAUUGCAUUUCACCAUGCUGCAAAAGACGCUAUUUGAAUUUUGUGUUGAUAGUAUUAUAGAAGAAAUGGAACGUGAAUGGGGGCAAAAAUCGAGUAAGGUCUCGGAUGUCGUCAAUCCAGAGGUUUCAUCGAAUCCCUUCGAACAUUUACCCACGGAGAUUUUAGAAGAAGUCAUUCGUAUACUUAGGAAGAAGAAACUAUUAAAAAAAUAUCUUAGAUGGAUUAUUCUUCCACAACUUCACUCUUUAGAUCUAUCGUUAGAAGGUUGUAAAGACAGAAACAAGCCUGUUGAAAAGCAAAUGUUUGAACACUUAAAGUGUGCUUCCGUCAAAUGCUCAAUGCUGAAAAAUUUGAAUCUAACUUACAAUGUGCUUAAUGAGGAGAAUUUCAUUGGAUUGCUACCCACAUUCAAAAAUUUGCAAGUAUUAGAUCUUGCAAUUACCUCAGCAGGAGACAAUUGCCUGUGGGCCCUGGGAACUCACUGUAAAUACUUGAGAUUUCUGCAUUUACAGUUUUGUCGUGAAGUUACGGAUUUUGGAAUCAAAGGAUUAUGUCUUGAUUACAUUGAAAAAGAAGAUGAUGAAGAUAAGCGAAUUUCUAAAGCAAGUGAACUUGAAUGGCAAGAAAACUGCGCACCUCCUCGACUUAGCAACUCAUUGGAGAUCUUAUAUUUGGAAGGGACACGAGUUACUGAAAAGGGAAUUCAAGAGGCUCUUCAGAAACUACGUUCUUUGAAAGUAUUGGGUUAUCACGAUACUGCAUAUGUACUCGGUGAAAUGCAUCGAGAAGAUUGGGAAAACCCUGAAAAAAGGAACAAAAUUCCAAAAUACGCUUUGACCAAGAUUCUGUUUUAUAUCUCAAAUCAAACCUCAAUUGAUCGCCUUCAGAGAGUGGUGUCCCAGUGCCCUUUAAUUACCAAUUUAUGCAUGAAGGGAUGGGAUAUAUUGGAAAACGCUAAAUUUGAUGGCAUCAUGAUUCCAAUUUUUAACAUGAUUGGGAAUUCGCUUGAAGAGUUUUCGCUUAAUUUUGUUAUUAAUUUUAACUUAUGCACCAUUAUCGAUUGUUGUCCUAAUCUACGCAAACUCACGCUUAAUUACGGUGGUUGGAACACUGAGCCUAAUGUUGAAAACAAGAAAUUCUCUAAUAUUCAGGAAAGAAAAACACUGGGAAAACUUCAAGAACUAACUCUUAUAUCUGUUAAGAUCUCAACCGAUAACUUAAUCACACUCAUGUCGUCGUCUUCCCUGAAGUCUAUUGUACUGAUACAUUGCCAAACUUUCAACGACGACAUCCUGCAGCAGGCAUAUGAUCAGCAUUCAUUUCCUAACCUUGAAUAUUUUGAAUUAAACUAUUGUCCCGUGACUGAAAGAGGGAUAAAUUUCUUGUUGAACGAGAAAACUCCGUUAAAAAAGAUCAAAAUUAUUGAAAGUUGGCAAAAGUAUACAAAAGAGAUAUUAGAAGAUUGGAAUUUGCAAAUGGUUCUGAAAAACCGGCAAUUGGACAUCGAAUUUUUAGUGAUUCCUUUCUAAUUCACCCAUUUUUGUCUAUCAUUUACCAACGCCUAUUUAACGAAGCCAGAAACUUGCUUGCUUUUUACGAAUGAAUCAACACUUGUCUGAUAAGAAAUUGUGCCGUUCACCUCCGUUGCUUAGUCCAAACAAUACUGUACCUCUGUGACAAUACAAAAGGAUGAUUUGGGAU